AUACACCGGUGGCUGGAGUUUAGUGGGGUUGCGCCACGCUAGCGCCGAGCGUUAACAGUGCUUUCUCGGUUCUCCAGGUCAAAUGAUAUCCGCGGAUCUUUUUGAUUCCUGAUUCUUCUUCUCCCUUUUUCUUCCCCUCCUUCAUUUUUCUCCGUCCAAUCCAUUUCGAUAUUACCUGCCCUCUCUUCUCCGGCCACUUUCGUUACCUACGUAUCGUCAUCCGCAUCGUCUGCAUUUCUUUCCCGUUCCUCCUCUCGCGUUCCACCAGAAAUAUUUUCUCGCGGGUGUUUCCGUACGCCUUCCGGUGAAACCUUUCAGGGGACGGUAGGCUCGAUUGUUCUCCGAUUGUUAAUAUCAAAAGAGGCGGGAUAAAAAAUGAAGAACGUCCUUGAAGCUAGAUACGCCGCUGUUGCUUUGGGUGGCAUCUUCCUGUUUCUGUGCCAUAGCGGUGCCGAUGCCAUGCAAUGUUAUCAGUGCAACAGUCGUAACAAUAGCCAAUGUGCCGAUCUUGUGCCUCCGGAUUCCAUGAAGAUAGAUUGCGCAGAUCUCAAGGAUGGCGCAAAGUAUACGAUGUGCCGAAAGAUCACGCAAGUUAUUGAGUUCAGCGUUAAUGGCUUGCCUCCUGAUACACGAGUCAUUCGAGGCUGUGGAUGGGAUGAAUCGAAUUACAAGGGCAAAUGCUACCAACGAAGCGGCUUUGGCGGCAGGCAAGAAGUCUGUUCCUGUCUGACCGAUUACUGUAACGCGGCGAUGCCCGGACUUGACAUUAUGCCACUUCAAAAUCUCCUUCUUUUAUCGUGUACUCUGAUUAGCGUGCCACUAGCACUCUUCCCGACGAACUAAUCGCACUUAAAGGAUAUUUCAAACUCUCAAUAGGAUCCAAGCGCAAGAAUCACGACGAGCAAAGGGUGAAUCAGGGGCAAUAAGGAGAACAAUCUGCCUUCGCUAUUGAUAAUACGAACAACGAGUAGUCAUAAAAAACUGAAUGAAAUUCUGCUUCUUUUCCCAAGUGACAAAGCGACAAAGGAAACCAGAUUUCUUGCUAUAUGAUACGUAAUACCAAAUAAUGAAGAAUAUCAUCUACUAAAGAAAUGAAUAGUUUCCAGGAUUUACGCGGUUUAUAUACGAUCACGAGGAAUCGUCCUCGUCCGCGAAUCAUAGUCUUAGCAGAUCACAUUGCAUUCGAUCAUCGACGGUUUCAGGAUACAUUAUUCGUAUUAUUACGCGCGUCGGUGACGGAUUAGAUCACAAAUAGAUGUGAGGGAUUCCGUAACUCUACAAGUAGCGAUUAGAGUAACGCGUAACGAGCAGAUCAUACGCAUUGUUUCGCGAUUUUAAACUUUCUUGGAAUUUUAAUAUCAUUCCCGAAAAUUAUUUAUCGAUCUAAUUUAUCGAUGCUUCGAUAUUAUAAUUUUAUUCGAAAUUGGAGCGCGAGAGAACGUCACUUCUGGAUGCUUGUAAUCAUGUACACGUAGAUUAAGCUGUGUAAGUAAAUUCUCGCGUCAUAGAUAACGAUUGUUAUAGCAAUUUUAUAAUUUAAUUAUGCAACAGCGAUACAAUAUCGAUUAAGAUACACUACGAAAUUCUGUGAAAAAAUGCUCAUGGCAAAAUUGUUGUCAGAUUUUCUAUUUGCAUUUCACUGCAUCUCUCUUCACGUGAGCGAUAAUACAGAUAAUGCAUCACAUCAAAAUUUUAUAUUAAAUAACUCGGUAUGUCAAAGACAAGAGGUCGUACCUGCUUGUUAUAAUAAAAUGAAGAAAACUUUAAUCCGUGCAUUUCGACGAAGUGUCAAAUGUUUGGCUACAAAUGUUCAGAAUAGUUAUGUGAUAUACCAGGUGAGAUCGUAUAAUUCUCGUUGAACUUUAAAGUUAUACAAAUAUAAAUGAUACAAUACUAAAAUUUCGGAA